GAAGAGCAAUCGACAAAAAAGCUUAUUCAAAGCCAUUUUCAUACCUCUCUAGUCUCUUCCAAAUUAUCUAAAGAAACAACCAGAGGACCCAUUCCAAAUAGAAUGGUUGGUCCAUCCAUUAACUCCCGUAACGUUCCUCUUAAAUUCCUUUGUAGUUAUGGUGGCAAGAUUAUCCCCCGUCACACCGAUGGUAAACUCCGUUACUAUGGUGGUGAAAGUCGUGUCCUCUCCGUUCAUCCUUGCAUUUCUUUUGCAGAGCUAAUGGUGAAGCUAGGGGAGAUGUGUGGAGCAUCAGUGAGUUUAAGGUGUCAAUUGCCAAAUGAAGAUUUAGAUGCUCUUGUGUCUAUCACAUGUGAUGAAGAUCUAGCCAAUCUCAUUGAAGAAUAUGAUCAUGCUUCAACUCUCAAGAUCAGAGCCUUUUUGUUACCACCCAAAUCUACUAAACUAAAACUUGUAUCUUCUCCACCUUCCAUUUCUUCCACCUCAUCCACCACCACCACUAUUAGCAAUCAUGAUGCCACGUCACCGGACUCAUCAUUUUCUUCCACAGCUACUACUGUCAACUCAUCAAAAUAUCGUAAUUGUCCAAGAUCAUAUAAAGAAACAUCAUAUUCGUGCGUCCGUCAUACUAGAACAAGAUCAUUACCGGUGAUGUGUCACGAGAAAGUUGCCGGAAAAAUUCCUCAGUAUGCUUACCAUGGUCAUGAGAAUAAUAGUGGCCAUAUUUACUUGAGUCACCAUGGCCACCACUGGCAAUAAGAGCAACUAUUUUCCGAGGACAAGGGAGAGCAAAUUGGAUUACUCGGAACAUAUUUAUAAAGAAAAAUAAAAAAGAAAACCCCAUCAAAAAAAAAAAAAAAAAAAAAAAAAAUAGAAGAUGGAAGAACAUAUAAUACUCUAUAUUUGAUGUAAGAAGAGUGUAUGUCAUUAACAGGAUUGGAAUAAUUUUUUUGUGUCAAUCCGUUCUUAGCAAAUUCAAUAGAAAUAUAAAUAAGUCCCAAUUUUUUGAUAAUUCGCCAUUGAUAUAGUACUGUGUACCGUGGAUUAAUUA